UCGAACAGUUGGCCGUGACGCGGACGAUUCGUGAACCGUUUCGCAUGUCCCCGUCUACUAUUUCGAUUCGGUCGUGCGUGAGUCGGUGCAAACGUGUGUUAUUUUCCAGGUCGGUCACACAGUGCAGUGCCAGUUAGUGACCGGGGUGUGCUGCAUGCCGGAAAACUGCCUUUUUGUCCAGGCAUUUAUCGACAAGGACUGGAAUUUUAAUUAGCUCGAUCCAAGCGGUGUGGAUUACUCCGAACGGGCGGAUUCCAGGACAACGACAACGACGACCACGGUGACAGUGGAUAAUUGGAAUACUUCAAUAUAAAAGCGGCACGGUUAAGCGAAACAGGUGUCGAAGAUGUCUUCGUCCUCGUACAUCAGUCAACAACUGGCAGCGGGCGGUCCCGGAAGUGCGAGCAGUUCCCGAGAUGGAAACAACAACAACAACAACUUCAUGAACGGAGAUAAUCUACUGAAAUUGGCGCUGAAGAAGCCAAAAUCUUGGAAGUGGGAACUCACGACUUCCAGUUCAACGCCCAACAUAAGCUUCCCGAAGAUUCAGCUGUUCGACAGCCGGACUGGCGAACUGAUGGUUUCGGUGGACAAACCGGACUGUGUCGUGAAGAGCGAAGAUGGACUACUGGAUCGAAAGAAUCGCGACCAGCGAUAUCGAAGAUCGCGCAGUACUUGCAUUCGGGAGAAGAUCACUACCUCCAGUGAAUUCUUGAGUGAUGUGUUUGAGCAGCUGCAGAAUAAGGGGAUGGGUCACAAGCUGCAGACCAGUGUCACGCAGUAUCGGGUGGAAGAAGUUGAAGAAGAAGAAGAGGAACGCGGUUAUUCCUUACAGAAGAGCAGAUCAGCAAGCGAGAUCCGUAGGAGUGUUUCGCUAGAGCAGAAGAAGAAAAUCCGGAAGUCUCCUUCCUGUCGAUCGGGUUCGAUUUUGGGUAGAAUUAGUGAGUGUUACAAAAGUUCGACUGAGGAGGAACCUCCGCGCCAAUCCACACCACCUCCACCAGCACCGACGAUACCGGAGAUCAGUGUCGUCGAGGAACCACCCGAACCAAAGUCAACUGCCGAGGAGAAGAAAAACAAGAUCUACAAAUUGGUUCGCAGCAAUGUCGGCACGCUCAUAGUUCGGGAGGAGAGUUUCCAUACACAGCGUAGUCUACGAAGGCGAAGGCAACUGGAAGCCGAACAAUCGAUUGCAGAAAACGAGCCUCAGGUGGACAAACGGAUCACCAUCACCGAUAUUCCAGAUUCUAGCUAUAACGAUACGAUCAAGGAGAUCGACAACCUCAUAUCGAAGGUGAUGCUAUCGCACACCCUUCAGGACGUCCAGGAACCGCGGGCAGCUCAGAGCCGGGGAAGAUCCAGUGCCCAAAAUGGAAAGUCUUCGCCGAUGCGGAGACGACGUUCGCGGAGAAGUGCCAGCGCCGGAAGUAAUGCGAGCAGCAGUGGCGGCGGUAGUAGACGCGGUCGGAAUUCACCCCUGGUGACCGUUCCACCAGGAUCUGCGUCUUCGUCGUCGGAUGAAGAUCUGAUUGCCCUGGCGGAAAGCCGAUUCGGGUCGCUGAAACGAAGGGGACGGGCAAAGUAUAAGCGCAACAGUACGGGUACAGUGAACGAGACCACGGUGGGCAACGGAGGCGGGCUGGUGAAUGGCAGGAAGCAGCAAGAAUCGAACGUGCGGCGAUCGUCGAUCAGCAAAAUCACCAGCAGCAGCAGCACCACCACCACCACCGUUGAGAUCGAGGAAUGCGAAUCCUUUUCGCUGGGCAGCUUACGAGCAUCACUGGCAGCAGCAGCAGCUGCCAAGAGGCAACGAUCAUCGGAGAAAUCGUCGUCCACUUCCUUGUCGACGCUUUCACCACCGUCACCGGCAGCGGAGUCCCUCGCGGAGGAGAAGCUGAACGGUAGCCGUGAGCCAACAAUCAUCAGAGCUAGGGAACAGUCGUUGGAAAAGGUUGGCGAUUCGGUAGAAUUGGGUUCCACGAAAACCGAUGGAGAACGAGUAGUUAGAGAUGUUCCGCAUUGCGAACCUUCCGCGGUUGCAGAGAAGCUUAGCAACGAGAUUGAUAGGGACGAGCGUCAAAACAGAGACCAGGAACAGUCAUCAAAGGAGGUCAUGAUGGUUUCCACAAAUGGAGAAGUAAAUGGUAUUGAAAGCGUUAGUGAAAUUCAGGGAAUUCCCGUUAAUGCACUGGUUGCAGAGUCUAACGGUAAAGAGGAGCUGAGCAACGAGUUUGAAACGUGCAAAGGCCAAGAUCAGUUGUCUUCGGCGAGUUGUAAAGAUGAUCAGGUGGAUUUGGGCUCCAAGCAGGUCAAUGGAGAAGUCUUGAUGUAUAGCGCCGUUUGUAAAAUUGGUGAUGUUCUGGAAAUUCCAGCCAACACCUGCGCGGAUGCUACGAAUUGUAUACCUCUACCGGCGAGAGAGUUCAAUGAAAAAGAGAAGCUAUGCAAUAAGAAUGAGUUAGUCGAGUUACAGGAAGCCUUGUCGGUUGUCACACCUGAUGCAGUGAAUUGGAUUUCCAAUACCCUUGACGAAGAAAAGGAAGUAGAAAAUGUUGUUAAUGAAAUUAGCGAUGAGUGCGCCGAUAUAAUCCAGGAUCGGUUUACCACAGACUGCGUUGAUAUUCAAAGCUAUGAAAAGCUAGAGCUCGCACCGAACGAACCGGUGCGUAGAGUUGAGCUUCCAACCAGAGACCGAGAACGAUCACCGAUGAAAACCACAGUUAACUCAACAGUCUUGAGUUCGCAGCAACUCGAAAAUGAAGUAGCCAAAACCGAUGCUACCAGUGUGGCCAGUGUCCGAAAAAUCCCUUCCAAAGACUGCACAGCUAUUCAGGAGAGUGAAGAAUUGAAAGUUACCGAGACCGAUGCGUCCCCUCGCGUAUCACCUUCGUUCGGUUCGUACCAACAUCCCCAGAACAUCAACGGAUUCAACGAAUCCGCCCCGUCCAGCCUGGCUUGGUCCUAUCUGCCGCACCUAGCAACAUCCCAUUCGACCUCUUCCCUGGCAUCGCUUCGAGCCCGUCCCACUCCCGACAAUUCCUCGGAUUCUACCAGCCCACAGCCACAAUCGGCGGUGCAACGCCGGCAGCUGAAAUCCUACGCCCGACGCCAUCAUCGUUCCAGCUUCCAACUGUUUCCCUGAAUCGUCAGCGGGUCAUUAACUUCCCAGCUCAACUACGAUCCGAAUCAAAUAUAUAUGUAUGUUAUGGUAAAACCC